GGAUCGUAUUGUAUGUGUCAGUGCCUUUACUCAGGUAGAUAUUCAUUAUGCCUUAAUCUUAGCAAAGGACUUUCAUUCUUUCUGCUCAUUCUAUGUGAAUUAGAAUUUGUUCAUUACCCUUAUUGUUCUGUCUAGAGACUGCUCGAUGAUCCUUAUGGAUGACACAAACCAAACCGUCGUGAAUGGUUUCAUCCUCAUUGGUCUCUCUGAUGUUCCAUACCUACAAGUUAUAUUAUUCUUGCUGUUCUUGGCUAUGUACAUAACGACCCUGUUGGGAAACUUGUUAAUUAUGUUAGCGGUGAGACUGAAUACUCAGCUCCAGACCCCGAUGUACUUCUUCCUCGGCACUCUCGCCUUCAUUGACAUCUCCUUAUCCUCUUCCAUAGUUCCUCAAAUCAUGGUAAACACAAUGGCCCCCGGUAGGAUUAUUACCGUGUUGGCUUGUGCGGCCCAAAUGUUUAUAUCUUUAGUUCUGGGGGGCACUGAGUGUUUGAUGCUGGCCGUCAUGGCCUUUGAUCGAUUCGCAGCCAUCUGUAAACCUUUACACUACAAUACAAUCAUGAACAAGAGAUUGUGUAUUAUACUGAAUACAGGGUCCUGGGCUAUCUGUGUUAUUAAUUCCAUCAUCCAUGUGGCUCUCACUUUUCAGCUGCCUUUUUGUAGGUCCCACCUCGUCAACAACUUCUUCUGUGAGGUGCCGCCAUUCAUCCGCAUGUCUUGCAAGGACACUUGGAUAAACGAGGUUGCUAUGUAUACCUCGGCUGUAUUCAUUGGGACGUGCUCCUUCUCUUUUAUUCUAAUAUCAUAUGUUCGUAUCAUCUUCACCUUAUUAAAGAUUAGAUCCACCCAAGGAAGAUGGAAAGCCUUCUCCACCUGUACUUCGCACCUGACUGUGCUCUCUCUAUACUAUGUCACCACUAUGUUCAUGUAUUUACUCCCCAGGUCAAUGCACUUUCCUGAGACAGACAAGGUUGUAUCCAUUCUGUACACGACAGUGACUCCGAUGCUCAAUCCCAUUAUCUAUAGCGUUAGAAACACAGAAGUUAUAAACACUGUAAGAAGAAUGUUUACCAAAAAUUGA